AGCCAACCCAAACGUGGUGCUGGCGGUGUCUCACCACGGGGGACAUCUGCCAUACCUGCAGGGCCACACUGCCAGCAGCAUAUGGUGGGUGCAGGUAUCAAUAGAAUUCCUACAGGCAGUGGUGGAUGCACGCAAGGCAGGGGAGACAGUGGGGCAU